AUGUGUUGCUCACCGAAGAAAAAGCUCCAAGAAAAGAGUCCAAUUUUGGGCUCAACUUCCAACGCAGUAAAGCCACAAGCGCCACACAAAGAGGAAAAAGAGAAAAACAAAAUACAAUGCAACGGAAUUGGUCACAGCGCCGAUGUCAAAGACAAAGGCAAUGAGAUUCUAGUACAUAGCGAAUUCGAAGACUCCUCAUACGCUGACGAUUUAACCUACCACACAUAUGGCACUGUGGACGAAUCCUUAGACAAAUCUGGUAGCAAUCCUUACGCCGGAAGUGGGUUGUCACGUGAUGGGACGCCGUUUCAGACGGAAGUCGUGUUCUACAACAGUGACCGGAUCAUUAUUCGCAAUAAAGCGUCUCCGGAAGUUGACGUAAAGCCAAGCACACACGAUGUCAUUCGAAGCGCUUUAGACAUUGACGCAGAUGACAUCAGACGUUUGAAAAUACGAGGGAUUGUCUUAAUGGUUGCCUUGUCACUGCAUAUGAUUUUCGAUGGUCUGGCGAUAGGACUGAUGACAAAAUCGUCCAAGGUUUGGCAGCUUCUUGGAGCUGUUGCUCUACACAAGUGUCUAGUAUUCUUCACAAUUGGCCUCCAGUCUUUGGAGAUUCUCGCAUCCGCAAAGAAAGCCGUGUUUGUUAUUGUAUUCCUGGCCAUUAUUAGUCCGAUCGGAAUCCUUAUCGGCGAAGCUAUAAAUAGUUCCGAUGACGUCACCGCAAGGGAGACCGUUUCUGCGGUUCUGCAAGGAAUUGCCACAGGGACUUUCCUGUUUGUGACGUUUUUCGAGAUUCUAUUUCGGGAAUUGGGCGCACAAGAUCCAGAAUUGCUGAAAAUUAUGUUUAGCUUUAUCGGAUUUGUACUAAUUGCACUUGUGCGCCUUAUGACCAAUGACUAG